AUGUUAUUACAAAGAGAACAAUAUUUCAAGAAAAAAAUUAUUGGUGGUAAUUUAUUGGGUAAUCUAUUUGAUCGCGCUAAGAAAGUUAUUUCGAUAGGUAGCAAAAUUGUUAAGAAUAAGAUAACACCUAUUAAAAAGGCUUUAAAACCACUAGGUAAUAAGGCAAUCCAAGCUGGUAAACAGACAAUCACGUCGCAAGCGAAGAAGCUAGGCGAUAAGGCAAUCCAAGCUAGUAAACAAACAAUAACUUCGCAAGCGAAGAAAUUAGGUGAUCAGGUAGUAAAAAAUAUUAUAAAUGAAGAUAAAGCGGUCAUCAAGCAAAUUGAAAAGGCUGAUAAGAAAACUACUAAAAAUUUAAUGCAGACUUUCCGAAAUCGAAUCAAAGAUAACGUCACUAAUUUAUCGACCAAUCCACAAGUUAGAAAAGUUUUGAAUGAUAAAUCUCGAGCUAUACUAUCAAAUAUUUUAUCUGGUUCGGGUGUUAAGACUGAAUUAGUGAGUCAAUAUCUAAGAAUAGAUGAGCCUAAUCAUGCAGACAAUUCAAUUGUAGAAUUUGAAUAUAUAGAGUAUCUGCCACGAGAUACUGAUAUGGAUAAAGGAAGUUAUUUGAUUGAAACUAGAGAUGAAGAUGUCUAUCUAUUGCCUCAUAAAGCAGUAAUAGAAAUACGAGGAAACUUAACGAAAGAUAGUGGAUCAUUGUAUAAUGCAGAUGAUGCUGUAACAUUAGUGAAUAACGGCUUAUCACUUUUUAGAAGUGCUCAAUAUCAAAUUAAUAAUCAUACGGUUGAAGAAAUCAACGAUUGGCUCCCAUAUGCAUCUACAAUUUUAAACUUAGUCAUGUAUAGUGAUGAUUACAGUAGAAGUAUUGCAACUAAUAUGUUGUGGUACCGUGAUACAGCUACAGGUAAACCAAAUAUGACAGAAUUUGAUAUGACAGAGUCAUUCCCAGUGAGCAUAGCUAGUGAUGUUGUUACUGUAAAAGCUAAACAAAUUCGAGAUAUGAAAUUAGUCACAAAUCCUCAAUAUAACAGAGGAUUUCAUGCAAGACAACUAUUAACAACAGGUGAUAAACAAAUAUCACUUUUAAUACCUCUAAGUUCUAUAUUUGGAUUCUGUAAAGAUGUCGAUACAGUAUUUAGAGGUGUUAAACAUACUUUACAACUCGAUAGGGCUGCCACAGCUAACUACAUUUUAAAAGAUAGUAAUAUUGAUGACGGAAAAUUUAAAAUAUCACAUGUUUCAAUGUGGAUGCCUAAAGUAACUCCAUCAUUAGAAGUAGCUAGCCAGUUAGAGGCCAAACUUGUUAGUGGACACAUUAGUAAUCUUUACUUUGAGCAAGUUAAAGUUUAUAUGACACAAUAUGCAGCUAAUCAAACAUCUCCUACCUGGAGAAUUACUACACAGCCUGGAACAGAAUUACCACGUCAUAUUUUCAUUGUAUUUCAAUCUACUGAACGAGAAAAUAAUCAAACGAUGAAUAACAUGAUAUUUGAUAAUGCAGAUGUAAGACGUAUUUCAGCUAGAAUAAACUCGAUUCAAUACACUGAAAGAGAGAUAGAAUGUAACUUUCAUCCGUCGAAUAGAAAUUAUAGUCGACCUUAUAUGAUGUUUAUGGAGGCAGUCCAUAAAUAUCAAGAUACAGAUACUGGUUCACAGUUAUCUGCUGAAGAUUGGGCAAAUUUGUAUCCUAUAUUCCAUUUCGAUGUAUCUAAGCAUAAUGAACGAUUAAAAAAUAGUCCAGCAGAUAUUGAAAAAAAUGCUAUUUCUAAAGCCUAUCAACAUAAUAAAGCAAUAACUAUAAGACUAUUAUCACAUCAGUUACAAGGUAACGAUAAUUUAGGAUUGACUUUAACGCAACAUAAUAAAGUUAUUAAAGCUAGAAAAAAUAAUAAGAGUGUUAUACUAAAAUUAAGCCGAAAUCAAGUAUCAAAACAAGCAGGUUUCUUAGGUGCUUUAAUGGGUCUAAUUCGUGCAGCUGUUCCUGCUAUAGCUAAAGCAGCUCCUAAAGUAAUAAAAAGUGUGGUACCAAAGUUAGCAAUGGCCGCAGCUACAGGUGCUAUUUCUGGAGCUACUCAUAAAGCAACUGGUGGAAGAGGUUUUUUAUCUAGUAGUAAUAUAUAUAAGAUGCCUUAUUCAGAAUAUGGAGUAAAUAUUUCACCAUCACAGAAGCAGAAAUUAAAAUCGGCAAUAAAUGCUAAGAAAGGAUGCACAAUUCGUUUAUCUCGCUCUGAUUUAACUGGACCUGAUAAAUUAUAUCUAACACGUCGACAAAUUAAUAAAAUUAAUAAAGCUAAAUUGAAGAACACUGGUUGUGAUAUCAAAUUGUCUAAAACUCAAGUAGCCAAAAAUGGUGGAUUUAUUGGUGCUUUAUUAGCUGGUAUUUUACCUGCUGUUAUUAGUGGAAUAGCUGGGAGAGGUGUAACAUUACCUGGAACAAUCCCCAAAAAAGGUAAAGGGUUAAAAAAAAAAAAAUCUAUAAAAAAAGGCAAAUCAAUAUAUAUUCCAAAAGGGAUGCAUGUUCCGGGACAUUUACAGACUCCUCCAUACGUAGGAAGAUGGAUACAACGAUAA